AUGGGUUUGAGAUAUAAAGCUGGGUUAUUUCUCAUAGGUACUGUUGUUAUCAUAUGGGUCAGCUCUGCUGAAGUUACACAGAAUAUUUAUACAGAUUAUAAGCAGCCAUUUGCGGUGACGUAUCUCGGAGCUUCUCUCAUGGUAGUUUACCUCCCAAUAGCAUUCAUUAAGGAUUGGUUCUAUAACUUGCUUAAACACCGGUCUUCUAAAAGUAGAAAAAAUGCAGAAAGCGGCGGGGACGAGUUUCCCAUCAAGAUUAGCUCUCCACUCAAAGGAAAUGGAGUGCAGAAAAAUUUUGAAAUGGAACUCCCGAAUGUGGUUCGAAAAGACAGUGAUAUAGAUCUUUCAAGUCUUGCAGAGAUAGCGCCAUUGGUGGCUAUAUAUAAUGAAACUGGCGUGGCAAAGGAAGAAAAAGAACUUACUGCAAAAGAAAUCGCUACUUAUGGAUUUUACAUUGCACCUAUCUGGUUUGUAACAGAGUAUCUAUCAAAUGCUGCGCUUGCCCGUACAAGUGUCGCGAGUACAACAGUAUUGUCAUCUACUUCAGGACUCUUCACUCUUUUCAUCGGUGUGUUAAUGGGUCAAGACACUUUGAAUGUAUCCAAAGUAGUUGCUGUCUUGGUCAGCAUGGCCGGGGUUGCCAUGACAACUCUGGGAAAAACUUGGGCCGCAGAUGACUCGCAACUUACUGCUUCCAACGGACGGCGCUCUCUUGUUGGAGAUCUUUUUGGCCUUCUCUCAGCCAUGUCAUAUGGUCUAUUUACUGUUCUUCUAAAAAAGUUUUCUGGCGAAGAAGGUGAACGUGUUGACGUACAAAAGCUGUUUGGAUAUAUUGGACUGUUUACACUUGUAGCACUAUGGUGGCUUAUCUGGCCGUUGUCGGCCUUAGGAAUUGAACCCAAGUUUGCGAUUCCUCACACUGCCAAAAUGGAUGAAGUGGUUCUUGCAAAUGGAUUUGUUGGAAGUGUUCUCUCAGACUACUUCUGGGCACUAUGUGUUGUAUGGACAACUCCCCUCGUGGCCACUUUGGGCAUGUCACUCACUAUUCCUCUUGCUAUGUUGGCUGAUAUGGUAAUCCACGGUCGGCAUUAUUCAGCACUAUACAUUCUUGGCUCAGUUCAGGUGUUUGCAGGUUUUGUGAUAGCUAAUCUUUCAGAUUGGAUGACAAAGAGGUUGGGAUUAUAG